AGUUGGUUGUUGAAGCACUAUGACAACGGGCGCAAAGAUGGCGGCGCGGGGUCGUGGGCGCCUGUAACCUCCUCCUGAGCCGCGGCGGCGGCGGCAGCAACCACCAAGCCGGGGCGGGGCUCGCCGCUGCCUCACGGGCUGCCCGGGACAUGCCCGCCUGGGCCGGCGGAAAGGAGCCGCUGUUUGGAAACCGAGACCGCUCUGGUGGUUGUUGUGGGGUGAGGACCUUGCGGCGAAGGGACCUUAUUCCCAAAGAGUGAAGAAAAAUGUCUUUAUUUAAAGCCCGAGAUUGGUGGUCCACAACACUUGGAGAAAAAGAAGAAUUUGAUCAAGGAUGUUUAUGUGUAGCUGAUGUUGACAAUAGUGGCAGUGGACAAGAUAAAAUAAUCGUGGGCAGUUAUAUGGGAUGUCUUCGAAUCUUUAAUCCUCAUCCUGUAAAACCUGGAGAUGGAAUGCAAGCUGAAGAUUUGCUCCUGGAAGUGCAAUUGCGAGAGCCAAUACUGCAGGUGGAAGUAGGAAAAUUUGUUUCUGGUACCGAACUACUUCAUCUAGCUGUGCUGCACUGCAGGAAACUCUGUGUAUAUGCUGUCUCAGGAACUUUGGGGAGUGUGGAACAUGGGAACCAGUAUCAUAUCAAACUUGUGUAUGAACACAAUCUUCAGCGAACAGCCUGCAACAUGACUUAUGGACCAUUUGGUGGUGUAAAGGGUCGAGAUUUGAUAUGCAUACAGUCCAUGGAUGGAAUGCUUAUGUUGUUUGAACAAGAAAGUUAUGCUUUUGGACGAUUUCUUCCUGGCUUUCUUCUGCCUGGUCCAUUAACUUACAGCUCUCGAACGGAUUCUUUCAUUACAGUAUCUUCUUCUCGGCAGGUUGAGAGCUACAAAUAUCAAGUACUUGCAUUUGCAACAGAUGCUGAUGAAAGACAGGAGACAGAGCAGCAAAAACAUAGUUCUGGAAAAAGACUUGUGGUGGAUUGGGUUUUAAAUAUUGGAGAGCAAGCACUGGAUAUACGUGUUGUCUCCUUUAAUCAGAUGGUUUCCUCUCUUUUUGUGCUUGGUGAGAGAAACUUCUUUUGCCUUAAGGAUAAUGGGCAAAUUCGAUUCAUGAAAAAACUUGAUUACAGUCCAAGUUGCUUCCUUCCUUAUUGUUCAGUGACUGAGGGAACAAUAAACACUCUGAUUGGGAACCAUAAUAACAUGCUGCUUGUUUAUCAAGAUGUGACAUUGAAAUGGGCCACUCAGCUUCCUCACACUCCCGUGGCAGUGAAAGUGUGCAGUUUACAAGAUAUGAAAGGUCUAAUAGUUACUCUCAGUGACAGUGGGCACCUUCAGUGUUCCUACCUUGGAACCGAUCCUUCUGUGUUCCAGGCACCUAAAGUUGAAUCUAGAGAAAUAAACUAUGAAGAGCUGGACAGAGAAAUGAAAGAACUUCAGAAGAUCAUCAAGGAGGCCACAAAAACACAAGAUAUUUUGCCCAAAUCUGAGGAUGAUGAUUUGAAAGUCACAGCAGAAGUUUCAUUUCACCUGGAUGCAAUAUCUCAAGCCAUUGACAGUGAGGUGAGAGCAGAGGUGGUUCCUUCAGUUACAGUAAAGAUCACAGUACAAAGCAGACUGGCUGUGCAGAAACCAAAGUUAUCAGUAUGUGUACAACCUCCUUUAGCAUUGACCUGUGACCAGUUCAUCUUUAAUGAUAUAGGACCCGCAGUAUCUAAAACUGUAGUCCUGUCUGCCUUUCUAAAGGGGAAUUGCCCACCAGCAGAAUUGGAAGGAAAUGCAAUAUUUUCAUAUAACACACCAACAGCAGAUUUCAACCCUAAAGGGGUACCAAGAGUUGCACAGUGCAAGUUUAGACUGCCCCUGCGGUUAAUUUGCUUUCCAGCUCAACCUUCAAAAACAGCAAACCACAAGCUAACUAUUGAUACCAACAAACCUCCUGUCAGUCUUGUCAGCCUUUUUCCAGAUUUUUCUGAUCAGUCUGAUGAAGAUCAGGUAAAUAGUUUAGGAUUCCAGUUCUUAGCUGGUUCUAGAAUCACUCUUCUUGCUUCAAAAACAUCACAGCGGUAUAGAAUCCAGAGUGAUCAAUUAGAAGACAUUUGGCUAAUAGGAAAUGAGCUUACUCUUCGUCUUGAAGAACAUUUCAAGAAGCAAAAUUGCAAAGACUUCCUGUGUACCUUCUCUGGUUCAAUUCCUUUGCAAGAAUAUUUUGAAUGUAUUGAUCACCACUUUGAGCUGCGCUUGAACGCUGAAAAAUUCCAAGAACUAUUAUCUGAACGGGCAAUACAGUUUAGAGCUAUUGAACGACGAUUGCUAACACGAUUCAAAGACAAAACCCCUGCUCCCCUCCAACAUCUGGACACCUUGCUAGAAGGAACUUACAGACAGGUAAUAGCUUUAGCAGAUGCUGCACAGGAAAACCAAGCCAAUAUGUUCCAGGCAUUCAUAAAGUUGAAGAGUGCCACCCAUCUGGUGAUUAUGUUGAUUAGUCUAUGGCAGAAACUCAGCCCUGACCAAGUUGCUAUUUUGGAAGCUACAUUUUUGCCAUUAAUGCAAGAUACUCAAGAACUGGGCUGGGAAGAAACUGUGGAUGCUGCAAUCUCUUACUUAUUGAGAACUUGUCUUUCCAAGAGCUCUAAAGAACAGGCCUUGACUCUUACCAGUCAGCUGAGCAUGCCAAAAGAUACUAGUAGGCUGAAGAAACACAUAACUUUGCUCUGUGAUAGGUUGGCCAAAGGUGGGCGCCUUUGUUUGAAUGCAGACACAAAUACUCAGCAGGCUAUCAUCAUGCCAGGUGGCUGCACUACUAUCCCAGAGUCUAACUUGGAGGAAAGAACAGCUGUACAGGACCCCACACCAAUAUUUACCGACCACAAGCACCUUACAAAGCAGAAAUCCAAACCUGAUUUAUCCCAGAGUGUACUGGAUGAAGAAGAAAAGCCAUGAAAUUCUGAAGAUUUUCCUCAGAAGGAUAUAUCUAUCUGAUGUCAAAUGCAUUGACAAUGCAGCAGUACCAAUCUGUAUUUUACUCAGUACCAAAUGGAGCCUCCAGAAAAAAAACGCUCUAAAAACUGCACAAAAAAGUUCCAUUCACAUCAAAUUGAUUGGAUCUUCUGGCCAACUACUAGAUUUAGCAUCCUUUCUGUGAACAAAGUCUAACCACUUACCAAACUGUUGUAAGGUACAUUUAUGUUAAUCUGCAAUAUCAGCCCUCCAUAAGGACUCUGUUGAUUGAUCAAAGAGUGUUUACAUACACUUAAAAGCAACCUUUGUUUCUGGAUAUGUUUUAUCUGAUUGUUAAGAUAUUCUGUACUCUUCCUCCCUUUGAGAUUACAUUACCGUUUUCUCAUAAUGUAACAGUUUUGACAAAAGAUAACCAUCUUCUUUCCUCCUCUGCUAACUAGUCUCUAUUUCUACACAGCUGAAUUCACCACCAAAAGAAAGGUUGAUAAUCCACCAAGGUUCCUCUACCCCCAUCCCUGAUAUAUACUUCUACUCUCAGGAGAUAGAGUAAAAUAUAGUAACUUGAUAUAAAGACAUAGUGUCUUCAACCCUUUUGCCAUGAAGUCACUGCAAAGAGAAGUAAAAUUUAAAUUUAAAGUUCUGUGAGCACUGUGACAUGCCAAUCUUUUCCUGCAUUAAAUGUGAUAUCUGUAAUUCUGAUUAGGGUCAAGAUUUUCAAACAUGAUGAGUGAUUAUGAAUGCCUUAAUUGCGUAACCCAAUUUGAGACAGCUUAAAGAGGAUCUCAGUUUUAGAACAUGCUGAGCAGUCACUGUCUGAGAAUCAGGCUCAAGAAGGUGUCUCAGUUGGAACAUCCAAAGUGGAAGCACCUAAAAACACCUUUGAAAAUCUUGGCCUAGUUUUCUGAAGUGUCAGGUACACAGAUGAAUUCUUGAGAGUAACAUGAAUGUAAUGUCAACAUAAAGCUGCAUAUAAUGGCCUCAGCAUAACAGAGACCUGGCUCUGAGCAUAGGAAAUAUGUCUUUUUGUUUUGGCCUAUUGGUGGAAAUACAAAAUAAGAAGUUUUGGCUUCUUUGGCAGCAUACAUGAAAUGAAUGGUAUGUCUCAUUUUGUAACAGACACACGGCAAAAUCUUCCUUCACACUUGGCACCGUUGGUGGCUGGCUCAGCACAAGCACCGAAAAGCUUAAUAACAUAUAAAUUCACUAUUCCAAGAAAAGAUCCCUCCAACUCAGUUUGGAGAACUUUGGGUUGGGGUGAUGGCUGUAGAUUUGUACUACUUUUUACCAACAGUAGUCCGUGCUGUACCUGUCCUGUGGAUAGAGAUGGGACUUGAUUCUCCAAGACCUCCAGUCUGGGAGCCUUCAUUACCACUAAGUCUACUUUUAACUUCUUCCCACCUCCCCAAUGCCAAAAAUAUUUGCUCCCAUCCUGCAACAGUUGUGCAUUGCCAGUAGGCCCCUAGGUAUCCUUGUGGUACUGCUCUAUCAAUAAAGUUGAUGUAACUGUAGUUAUGCAGAACUUUUUAAACAGAUUAACUGCUAAAUGAAGCCAAGUAAUAAGGAAGCAAAGGAAAGCCACAUGUGGCCCUGAAACUCGUUGAACAUGCAGCAGUCCCAUCUGGUUGGUCUUGUUCUCUAGUAGACCUCAAAGACCUUCCAGGCACAGGGAUGAAGCUGCCUACUUCUUUCCCUGAGGGGGCAAUCAGCAUCCCUCUGUUUGCAGUGGAACAAUUGCUCAUGCAGAGUUUUCUUUGCUAUUGCAUCCCUCCCGCAUGUUUUCCUGCAGGAGGGCAGUAUCAAACUCAUCAUAAGGAGAAACCUGCCCUCCAGCUCUGUGAAAAUUGUACAAUAAAAGAAUCUCCCAUAGUCUCCAUAUACACCUCAGUGACUAAAGAAAAUCCAUGGGAGCUAAUCAGUUACUGUAGCUAUUAGGCUUAAACUUUAACCACAGGUCUCAGAUCUUCUCUUGUGUACUAUCAGUGGCUACUAGAUAAUCUAGAGAAGUCAACUGCAAUUAUUAUUAAAAUCCCAUACUAUAGAAGUGCCAUUACAAUGUAGAUUCCUGAGCCAAAGAAUUCUAUACUGUUAUAUACAGCAUCUGGAAAGGAAAACAUAUGGCUUUAGUGGGAUAAAUUAUAGUGUAGCAAUUAUCAUUAUUGGGUAUGAGCCAAACACUCAAAACUGUCAUCAACUUCAGUGGAAAUUUUGAGUAAGCAGUGAAUAGAGGUUCAGGUCAGUUAUAUGUGUCUAUUUCUAUAACUUUUAUAACGGUGAAGCGUGUUAGCUUUGGUGUUGCUUCUGUUUGCCUAUUCUAUGCUAUGCUAUGCUUUGCAAGAUGAAGUCUCUGUGGGGAAUGAACCUAUAAUACUUCUGAAGGGGAAAAAAAGCAAUAGCUAGAGAACAAAGAAAGAGAAAAUAGUGCAUAGUGAUAAUUUAUGGUCUCUUUUUGUCUCAUGAUAUAUUGUGGCAUUCAGUAGUAUCAUCAGGUUUUAAAACAGAUAUAUUUACCCUGGGUAUAAAAAUAAUUUGUUUUUCCUAUGGCCAUGUAAUCCAUUGAAUUUAGAGGAAAUAAGUCAUUGCAGUUUAGUUGCUUACCCUAUAGUGUAACAGGAACCAACAUGAAGCAGCUCUCAGAAGUUCUCAAAUGCAGUAUGAAUGAAAAAUCUGGCUAGGUGAUUCUAUUAUGUGCAGGAUUUGCACCAGUACUCAGUCCGCUGUCCUGUUAAUAAGAGACCACAUUAUAUAAAAACAAGGUUGGGGUUGUAAAUACAAUUUUCUAGUUAUUUAUGCUCUAAAGAAAUACUCAUUGAAAAAAAAACAUUCUUACUUGGAGUAAAGCAAGCUUUAAAUAUGCAGUGUGUCUAUUCUUAAUCAGAUUACUUGAAGAAAAUGCUAUAUUUUUAUGUAAGGUUUAGUGCAAAAAAACCUUGAACUGGUCAUUUUAUCAAACGCAAUUAUAGACAUAGUUAGAGGUAGAAAUAGGAAGCACAUUGUGAUAUUAUAAAAGCCAUCCUGUCAGUGGUACCAACUUUUUUUAUUGUUUAUAUCUACUGCUCUUUGAAAUGCAUUUUCUAAAGUAAGUUGUGCUAUAAAAUGAAAUAUACAUUUGAUUUUCUUUGAACUACAGAAUGCUUAUAAAAUGUUUACUGAAUGAUAUUUGUCCAAGGUUUUUUCUUCAAGUUUUUUAAUUCAAUCCCUCCCUCCUCCCCCUCUUUCCUUCUCUCUCUUGCGUGUUUGUUUUGGGAGUUUUCACCCUUGCAUUUUAGAACAAUACACUAAAAGGUUUAUUUCUAUACUGACCAACAUGCAGCUGAGUUUCUGAAAAUCUGGGCUCAGCUAAACUUUUUGGGUUUCAAGACUCUGUGGUUUGCACAUCCCCAAAUUGAUUCUUCAGUCCAAGUAAUGUUCAGCUAAAGCAAGGAAUCACAACAAAUCAGCAUUUCCCAGGAACUGGAUUUCAUUUUAGUAUUGUCUGUGUUUCUCCUCUUCAGCUUUUACUCUGCAGACUGAAUUAAAUGUAUGCCUGAAUGUUCUUAUCCUUGUUCUCAUAGUGCAUCUAAAGAGUAAUUUGCUGCCAUGAACUAAGGUAUGCUGAGCAGAGAUUGUAAUUUCUAUGUGAAACCCUUUACAGUAGAAAAAAGCAUCACAGUCUAUGCAUUAUGCUGAAUAAAUAUCUUUUCUUCUCAUCA